GCGGCAUGACGCAGUCGGUGGUCGUGCAAGUAGGCCAGUGCGGAAACCAGAUCGGCUGCUGCUUCUGGGACCUGGCGCUCCGGGAGCACGCGGCGGUCAACCAGAAAGGAAUUUAUGAUGAGGCAAUAAGCAGCUUCUUUAGAAAUGUGGACACCAGGGUGACUGAUGAUGGAGGCAAUAUUUCCAGGAGAAAAAUCUGUUCUUUAAAAGCACGAGCUGUUUUGGUUGAUAUGGAAGAAGGGGUAGUAAAUGAGAUUCUGCAAGGCCCACUAAGAGACGUAUUUGAUAGUAAGCAGCUCAUCACUGAUAUUUCUGGCUCAGGGAAUAAUUGGGCUGUGGGUCAUAAAGUUUUUGGCAAUCAUUAUCAAGAACAGAUUAUAGAGAAACUCAGAAAGUCAGCGGAGCACUGUGAUUGUUUGCAGUGUUUUUUUAUAAUACAUUCCAUGGGAGGAGGAACAGGAUCUGGACUAGGUACAUUUCUUUUAAAAGUGCUUGAAGAUGAAUUCCCAGAGGUAUAUAGAUUUGUGACUUCAAUAUAUCCUUCUGGUGAAGAUGAUGUCAUAACUUCUCCAUACAACAGCAUCUUGGCAAUGAAGGAACUUAAUGAGCAUGCAGACUGUGUGUUGCCUAUUGACAACCAAUCUUUAAUUGACAUCAUUAGCAAAGUUGACCUCAUGAUGAAUUCUGGAAAAUCUCGUACAAGUAUAAAGCCAGACAGUUUGAUUACUUCAAGGGCUGGAACUCUAAAAAAGCAAGAGAAGCCGUUUGAUGCAAUGAACAACAUUGUGGCAAACUUGCUGCUCAACUUAACAAGCUCUGCAAGAUUUGAAGGGUCCCUUAAUAUGGACCUUAAUGAAAUCAGCAUGAAUUUAGUUCCUUUUCCUCAACUCCAUUACCUUGUAUCAAGCCUUACACCUUUAUAUACACUAGCAGAUGUCCACAUUCCCCCACGAAGGUUGGAUCAAAUGUUUUCAGAUGCAUUUAGUAAAGAUCAUCAGUUAAUUCGAGCUGACCCCAAACAUAGCCUGUAUCUUGCCUGUGCCCUCAUGGUUAGAGGAAAUGUGCAGAUUUCAGAUCUUCGCAGAAAUAUUGAAAGAUUGAAACCUUCACUACAGUUUGUAUCCUGGAAUCAAGAAGGCUGGAAGACCAGCCUGUGUUCAGUACCACCUGUGGGACAUUCUCAUUCAUUAUUAGCUUUAGCAAAUAACACAUGCAUAAAACCUACCUUUGUGGAACUGAGAGACCGAUUCAUGAAACUCUACAAGAAAAAGGCUCAUCUUCAUCACUAUCUACAAGUUGAAGGGAUGGAGGAAAGCUGUUUCACAGAAGCUCUGUCAUCUUUAUCAACACUCAUACAGGAAUACAACCAUCUGGAUGCCACAAAAAGCAUUCCUGUGCAAGAUUUACCCAGACUAAGCAUAGCCAUCUGAAGGA